GUCGCCCUUAAACGCUUCGUGGACGACAUUGCUGUUGAAGCUGUAGAAAAAGAUAUCAUCGCUAAACUCAGCGACAUCGUUUCGCCGAUCAGAGUUACCUCUCUUGCCUCUGAUGUGGUGACAGAUAUUGCAGGCGAGUCCGAGGGGAGCCGAGCUGAGCGCAGCCAGUUGGAAACGCAACUGGGCGUACUAGUCCAGGGGUUAGAGACAUGUAAAAGAUUCAUGGUAGAAAUGCUACAAGGUAAGAAUCAAACCAUGUCUAGAGAUUCUUUGUCAGACCUGUCUUUGAACCUUCUUCGCACAGAACCUCACGGAAAUGUCACCAACGAUGGACCAGGAGAAGCUGGCAUGUCUCAUGACAAAGCUCAUGCUGAGCGGAUCUUGCCAACAGAACACGAAGCAGUAUCAGAACGGGAAUCUGACUCUCUUGAGGAUGAGAAUUUCGCUGGGCCUAUGAGUGAGUCGACGUCUGACUCAUUGGCGUCUUCGUCAGCGAAAGUUUCAUAUGGGAAGAAGAAUAAGAAGAAAGGAAAGAAAUAG